GCCAAGUUUUAUAUUAAAGAAAACUCUUUAAGUAGCUCAAAUAUAAUGCAAAGUAGGAAAGGUAUAAAUAAAUGAAAAAGAAACUACAAACAAUUGGAAAGAAAAGAAAGGCCCCGCAACCCCAUAUCCCCUGGGCCUUGACCCAACGGGUCCAACCGGCCCACUCUAACCCCUCGCCCCUGUUUCCUGUAUCUCGGGCGCGUCCGACCGAGCACCCGCUCGCGCUCGUCCCCGUCGAACCCCUUCACCGGCGAUGGCCAGGAGGAUAAGGCCUCCACCGAGGCACCCCCCAUAGAUAUUUUCUUCCCCUGCCUCCGCCCACUUCCACAUGCCCCAGCGCUCUCCACUCACCUCGCUCUCUCCCUCCUCACUGAUUCCCCAUCUCCCGAGCGCGGCCGUCACCGACCACCACGCUUCGUCGCGGCCACCGGCGUUUCCGCGCCCGCAGCUCGUGUCCACGAGCACAGCCUCGUUCGUCUCCGUCGACUGGAGCCGUCCAUUUGAGCCGGGCGAUGCCACUGUGCGCAGAUCGAGCCGGUCUUGUCUUCUGCAUCACCGGCAAUCGCCGUCGACCUCGCUCUGCCACAACCACCGGCCACCUCUCGCCCCGCUGUUGCGUCCGCGAAGACCGCCGCCGUCCACUACAUCCUCUACGCCAACAAACACGAGCCGGGGAGCACAUCUGCGACCACUACGACUCCAUCUUCCUCCUUCGACCACCGCCGAUCUCCUCCGAUCCCGGCGUCUUCUCCGUCUGCGACGAGCUCUGCAGCUCCUAAACCUCCCGCCGAGCCUCCGUGUGCUCCUAGACCUCGAGACCGCUGCUGAUGCCCCUGUGAUCGACUACGUCGACGACGACCCUCCUUGUCUGAGCAACCAGAUGGUGGAUCCCUGGAGCCAGAUGCCACCGCCGAUGAAUGCUGCUAUAUGGAGACCACCGACGAGCAGGAGUAGUUAGGAGGUCCCAGGCAGGAGGCCUUGCCUCUUCGAUCGUGUUGCUUUUGUGCUAGCCUUCUUAAGGCAUCCUUGUUUAACUUAUGUCUGUACUCAGAUAUUGUUGCUUCCGCUGACUCUUGUGUAUCGAGCUUGUAUUCGAGCCCUCAAGGCCCCUGGCUUGUAAUAUAAAGCUUGUAUUAUUUUA